AGGGGGAGGGGCUGGUAACCCAGAGGCGGUGGCGGCCGUGCCGCGGUCGGUGAGGCGUCUGACCCGGCUGCGGGCCCCGGCAGGGCGCGGCGAGAUGGAGGUGACCGGGUUGUCUGCGCCCACAGUGACCGUUUUCAUCAGCAGCUCUCUGAACAGCUUUCGCUCUGAGAAGCGGUACAGUCGCAGCCUCACAAUAGCUGAAUUCAAGUGUAAGCUAGAGCUGGUGGUGGGCAGCCCUGCGUCUUGCAUGGAACUGGAGCUGUAUGGAGCUGACGAGAAGUUCUGCUGCAAACUGGAUCAGGAGGAUGCGCUGCUGGGCUCGUACCCCGUAGAUAACGGCUGCCGCAUCCAUGUCAUUGACCACAGCGGUGCUCGCCUUGGGGAGUAUGAGGAUGUGUCCAAGGUGGAGAAAUACAGGAUCUCACAAGAAGCCUACGACCAGAGAGUGGUCACCCUGGAGAGGGUCCUGGACCAGGAGUAA